UAUGCAUGUACUCAUAGACCAGCGGCGACGCGAAACCGGUAAAUGGUGAUUAGCCCGACGGCUUCUCACGGAUUUUCGCUGAGAUCGAGACGAAAAAUCGAGUGUCGAACGAGAUUCGACCCGUAAUGAUCUCCCUCGCUCCCCGAUUCCCGGCUUCGCGCGCUGUCGCGGUGAAAGUGAAGACGUGGACGUCGCUUUUCCAAGCCGAAGCGCACGUGUCACGGUCGUUGCUCCGCCGCUGGUAUUGCGAUUCCCGCUGAUCCCUGCCGCCGCGCCGACCUAGACGGGCAGCGGCGGGCAGACCGCGCUCGCUCGCUCGCACUCGUCAUCAUCAUUUGCAAAAUGGCCGACCACAGGGAACGGGAUUCGUACUACUCGCAGACGGAUCUGCGUUCGAAGAAUGACGACCCGCCGAACUCGCGGCUGUUCGUCAUCUGUCACAAGAGCCUGGAGGAGGACGACCUCAGGAAGGCGUUCGAGAAGUUCGGCAAGAUCGAGGACAUCUGGGUGGUCAAGGACCGCAACACGGGCGAGAAUAAAGGUGUCACGUACAUCAAGUUCUCCAAGACGUCGGAGGCAGCGUUCGCCCUGGAAGAGAUGAACGGCAAGAUGCUGGGCUCCGUAGGCAGGCCCAUCAAGGUGAUGAUCGCCUCGAACCGGGAUCAGGGUUCGGUGCGCGAGACGAACGAGGAGGAGAGGUGGGUGCGCCUGUUCUGCGUGCUGCCAAAGACGAUGACCGACAACGAGCUGCAGCAGGAGUUCUCCAGGUUCGGCGCGAUCGAGUACGCCACCGUCGUGAAGGAUCGUAGCACGAACGAAUCCAAAGGCUUCGGCUACGUCAAGUUCAAGAAGGUGUCCAGCGCAGCUCGCGCGUUCGAGGAGUGCGACAGGAAGUACAAGGCGGUGUUCGCCGAGCCAAAGAAACCGAAGCCAGAUCACAGCGACGCCAAGUACAACAACGGCCUGUCCACGAUGUACGAUAACUCCAGCGGCACCUACGGCUCCUCCAACUUCGGCAAGAGUAGCAUCAGUCUGGAGAUCGCCACCAACUAUCCCAACUCGGAGGGCUACACGCGUCUGCAGGUGAUCGCGCAUCCGGCGUUGAACCAGGAUCAGCUGUGGAAGCUGUUCGACAUAGUACCUGGUAUGGACUACUGCCACCUCAAGACCGACGUGAGAUACAGGAUGCCGCGCGGUCAAGCGGUCGUGGUGUACAACAAUCCGAGCGCGGCAGCGUAUGCGCGCGAGAAGUUUCACGGUUUCGAGUACCCGCCCGGUCACAGGAUGAUCGUCAAGCCAGACCUGACGAGUGCACCGCCGAAGAGCACGGCGAAACCCGGUGGCUCGACCGCUGGGAGCGUCGCUAGCGCGAGGACGGAUCUGGCACACCUGGCGGAGACCAUCGCCCAGGCGACGUCGCUGAUCCAGGCGGCGGGACUAACUGCACCGAGCUUGGAUCACAUGUGCGUGAAACUACCACCGGUGCAACCUAUGGCGAGCAUAGACGCCGAAGUGGCCAAGAGAUGUUUCAUCGUGUGCGGGCCGCCAGUGCCACCGAUAUACGCCAUGAAGGAUGCAUUCUGUAGGUUCGGAAAUCUGAUAGAUGUAUAUAUGUUACCGGGCAAGAAUUGCGGCUAUGCCAAGUAUGCCAGCGUCGAGAGCGCGAACGAGGCCAUCGAGGUACUGCACGGGCAGGAAAUCUGUGGCUCUCGCUUAAAAGUGCUGGAAGCGGAAGAGCGUAACGUCGGCGAGGAUCGCCGGAAGAGAUUGCGGAUGGACGAGGACGAGAAUUGAGCGGCUUACCGCGAGACCUGUAAUCCCACUGACUGGUAUACACAAGCCGGACGCACGCAACAAAAUGAGACGAAUUUAAAGACUACUCACUUGACCACGUCAAGGGCCUGCAUCCAGGGAAAUCUACUCCAACUACCUACCUAUAUAUAUUUAACUGUUCGCUUACGUUCGCGCAACUUCAACUACGUUACUGAAACGUUUAACUGCUACUCUACUACCACCACUACUACUACUACUACUACUACUACUGUUACUACUACUGGCUACUUUUACUACUACUUUUUCUCCUCUUGCAUGUCGCGCGUCUCGCACGAUUCAUGCGCGCGCUCGCGAAUUACCCGUGUUUUCGUUGUUAUAACUUUAAGAGGCCUGUGCGAACGGUCGUGGUGUUUUUGUUUUCGUUGCGCAGCUAGAAAAAUGCGUGUGAAUCGCCGGAGGGCAGUUUUUCUCCCUUGAAUCACAGGAUCUUGCAGCGCGCGUCUAUCGAAGCGUGAAGCGACUCGUCUCCCGAACCAUCCUUCAUGGAUACAUACCCCGAAGAUGUAGCUUUCCCGUUUUCUUUUUCUUCCUUUCCGAUUCCUUGAAUUGACGAUUCGAUCAUUGGUCUCGUUUUCUGCAAAAUACGAUGAGACGUCACAUUCUCUCGGAUGGUGGACUGUCCGAGCGACUUUUACGGAAAUAAUUGGAAAGACGAAUCCGUGAGAAUCAGAUUAUUGGCACGAUCGGCCGAUCGUUGAUUUGCAACGAUAUUUACGAUAAGACACGUUGUAACAUAUGCGGAUUGAUGUAUGUAAAGAAGCAGAGUAAACGAAACGAAACGCAUAGGUGUGAACCUUGUUGUUGUGAGAUGAAAGUGCUGACCCUGUUCGCACAGGCUUUUAGAAAAUAACCUGUGGUUUAGGUUUAGCAGACGAAGAGGGACCUUUUAUUUAUCAUUAAAAAAAGAUUCCUGUAUUUUUCUUUUAGUUGUAUUGCGUGCAGAGAGGAAGCAGAGCAAUCUGUAUUUUGUUAUGCAUCACUGACAACUUUCGCGACGAUAAGUUCAAGUCAUUGUGCAUAAAGCAAAUUCCAAAGCAAGAUAUAUAAAUCUGUGAGAUAUAUGUGCUAAUCUUUGAUGUGUACUAACACUUGCAUAAUCUGUGCAGCAGAUGCAAACUCAAGGGAAAUCUGUAUUUUCAUUAGAAUAUGUAACAUAUCGGUCAUGUUUAUAUAUAUAUCAGCUUAAAAUAUUUUAAUUUGUUGUAAUAUUUUAUAUAAAAAAAGUCAUGAAAUAUUUAAUCUGUAUAUUUUUUACGCAAGAUAUUUUAUGUAAAAUUAAUUAGCUAUUAAUGGUUCAUUAAAAAAAAAUUAAUUUAUCAAAUUGAUGCUGCUUCGAAUUUUAUACAAUUUUUAUGUAAUUAAGCGCUCGCGAAUUUUAACGUGUAGCUGCGAAAUUUUAUAUAGCAAAAGCAAUAUUUUGACGAAUUAAUACAUAUAUAUAAAGUGUGCCUAAAAAAAUACAAGAGCCUUUUAUUUGGACAUAUCUUGUUUUGGAGGCCAUUAAUGUUAAUUAAUGAAGAAAUCAAAUAUACCGGCUUGUAUAUUAUUUUUUACAUUUAGGAACAAAUAGAUAUUUGUCGUUUGCAAAGGUAAAAGAAACAGGAAGGAUGAUUUCCCAGGGUCGAACCGAUAAUCGACUAUCCGACGUUACGAAACCAAUCAAUCUCGUCACAUACCCAGUGGUCGACGCACAACGCGUGAACGUUUUAUGAUGAUGGACACACAUUUUUGUACCACCAUGCGUUAGACUCACUGUAUUGACCGUACCGAAAUAAUGUUCCAGGAGACUGUAACUGUGACUCAUUUUCUUGGUGAUAUCAAAUACACAUGAAAUACGCAAAAACUUCCAACACCGACUCGUUCACUUGAUGUUUCUUUUUUUUUCUUAUUACUUAUCGAAACGAAGUAUGAUCUUUUAUGCUCGAACUGAUGCUCUGACGGUAUUCUGAUAAUUGUUCUUUUCACUUUCAGGACACCGCGGGAAUGAAGAACCGUACCUGAAGACUGUGAUACUGUUUCUAGCGAUUAAGAUUAUUAUAUUAAGAUGAUUUUUCUAUGAAUUUGUACAUGUGCGAAAGAAUAUUCGAUGGAACGUAUAUUAAAUCGUUAUAUUUUUCCAUAGCCGCUAAGUUAUAUAUCUUCCGCGUUUUUAUCAAACUUCUAUCAUGAAUACCGUUUCCAUGAAUUAACCGCGAGGGAGUGGUGGAUUGCCCUUUCUAUAUAAUUUUCUUGAUUGUAUAUCUUUGCGUAAAAGAUAGCAUGUACAGUCUUAAGUAUCUUAAUCCGCCACCGCGAGUGAGAUAUAUCUUUCUCCUGAAAACUAUAAGAACGAGAUAUAGAUUUGCUGGAUCGGAAUGGUAAAAGUGUGUGCCUCGACGGAUGACUCGCAGCAAUAAAAAAAAUUGCGAUCAUAUGCUGUUUUGAAGCCCAAUAAUACUAAGAAUACAAAUAUACAUUGAUUUUCUAAUUUUUA